GCCAGCAGGACGCUGUGCCAGCCACGCGCCCCGAGGCCUCCUCCAAGAUGAGCUACGCUUUGGACUCGCUGGGCACCCCGUCCGCCUACCGGCGGGUCACGGAGACCCGCUCCAGCUUCAGCCGGGUGAGCGGCUCGCCGUCCAGCGGCUUCCGCUCGCAGUCGUGGUCCCGCAGCUCGCCCAGCACCGCGUCCUCGUCGUACAAGCGCAGCGCGCUCGCCCCGCGCCUCGCCUACAGCUCGGCUAUGCUCAGCUCGGCCGAGAGCAGCCUGGACUUCAGCCAGUCCUCGUCCCUCCUCAACGGCGCCGGCUCCGGGCCGGGCGGCGACUACAAGCUGUCCCGCUCCAACGAGAAGGAGCAGCUGCAGGGCCUCAACGACCGCUUCGCCGGCUACAUCGAGAAGGUGCACUACCUGGAGCAGCAGAACAAGGAGAUCGAGGCGGAGAUCCAGGCGCUGCGGCAGAAACAGGCCUCGCAGACGCAGCUGAGCGACGCGUACGACCAGGAGAUCCGCGAGCUGCGCACCACGCUGGAGCUGGUGAACCACGAGAAGGCGCAGGUGCAGCUCGACUCGGACCACCUGGAGGAGGACAUCCACCGGCUCAAGGAGCGCUUCGAGGAGGAGGCGCGGCUCCGCGACGACACCGAGGCGGCCAUCCGCGCGCUGCGCAAAGACAUCGAGGAGUCGUCGCUCGUCAAGGUGGAGCUGGACAAGAAGGUGCAGUCGCUGCAGGACGAGGUGGCCUUCCUGCGAAGCAACCACGAGGAGGAGGUGGCCGACCUGCUGGCGCAGAUCCAGGCGUCGCACAUCACGGUGGAGCGCAAAGACUACCUGAAGACGGACAUCUCGUCGGCGCUCAAGGAGAUCCGCUCCCAACUCGAGUGUCACUCGGACCACAACAUGCACCAGGCCGAAGAGUGGUUCAAGUGCCGCUACGCCAAGCUCACCGAGGCGGCCGAGCAGAACAAGGAGGCCAUCCGCUCCGCCAAGGAAGAGAUCGCCGAGUACCGGCGCCAGCUGCAGUCCAAGAGCAUCGAGCUCGAGUCCGUGCGCGGCACCAAGGAGUCGCUGGAGCGGCAGCUCAGCGACAUCGAGGAGCGCCACAACCACGACCUCAGCAGCUACCAGGACACCAUCCAGCAGUUGGAAAAUGAGCUUCGGGGCACGAAGUGGGAAAUGGCUCGUCAUUUGCGGGAAUACCAGGAUCUCCUCAAUGUCAAGAUGGCUCUGGAUAUCGAAAUCGCCGCCUACAGAAAACUCCUGGAGGGUGAAGAGACCAGAUUUAGCACCUUUUCUGGAAGCAUCACCGGGCCACUGUAUACGCACCGACAACCCUCAAUCACAAUAUCCAGUAAGAUCCAGAAAACCAAGGUUGAGGCUCCCAAGCUAAAGGUCCAACACAAAUUCGUUGAAGAGAUCAUAGAAGAAACCAAAGUAGAAGAUGAGAAGUCAGAAAUGGAAGAUGCCCUGGCAGCCAUUGCAGAGGAGCUGGCAGUGUCCAUGAAAGAAGAGGUAAAGGAAGAAGAGGCGGCAGCAGAAGAAGAAGAGGAACAAGAUGCUGAAAAAGAAGUGGUAGCUACAAAAAAGUCUCCCAUUAAGGCUACGGCACCUGAGCUUAAAGGCGAGGAAGAAGGAGAAAAGGAAGAAGAAGGUGAAGAGGAAGAGGAGGAGGAAGAGGAAGAUGAAGGUGCGAAAUCAGAUCAAGCUGAAGAAGGAGGAUCUGAGAAGGAAGGUUCUAGUGAAAAAGAGGAAGGUGAGCAGGAAGAAGAGGAGGAAGCAGAAGCUGAAGGUAAUGGAGAAGAAACUGAAGCUAAGGAUGAGAAAAAAGCUGAGAAAAAGGGUGAAGAAGUGGUUUCCAAGGAAGAGCUGGUGACAGAAGCUAAGGAGGAAAAGUCAGAGAAGGCCAAGUCCCCAAUGCCCAAAUCACCAGUGGAAGAGGUAAAACCAAAAGCAGAAGCAGGGCCAGUGAAAGUUGAGCAGAAAGAGCAGAAAGAGGAAGAAGUGAAAGUGGAAGAAGUAAAGAAAGAAGUAAAAGAAACUCAAAAGGAAGAGAAGGAAGAGAAGAAGGAGGAGAAGCCAAAAGACAAGGAUAUCACAGAGAAGAAGAAAGCAGAAUCUCCUGUAAAAGAAGUAGUGGAGGAAGUGGUCACCAUCACCAAAUCAGUAAAGGUGAGCGUGGAGAAGGAUGCCAAAGAGGAGGAGAAGUCACCAAAGCAGGAGAAGGGGAAGGAGAAAGAAGAGGAAGGAGGGAGUGAGGAGGAGGGCAGUGAUCAAGGUUCCAAGGAAUCCACAAAGGAAGACAUAGCGGUCAAUGGGGAAGUCGUAGGGAAGGAAGAGGAAGAGCAGGAAACUAAGGAGAAAGGCACUGGGGGAGAAGAGGAGAAAGGGGUCAUCACUAAUGGUCUAGAUUUGAGCCCAGCAGAUGAAAAGAAGGGGGAUGACAGAAGUGAGGAUAAAGUAGUGGUGACCAAAACAGUAGAAAAAAUCACCAGCGAGGGGGGUGACGGUGCUACCAAAUACAUCACCAAAUCUGUAACAGUCACUCAAAAGGUAGAAGAGCAUGAAGAGAGCUUUGAGGAGAAACUAGUGUCCACUAAAAAGGUAGAAAAGGUCACUUCACAUGCCAUAGUAAAGGAAGUCACCCAGAGUGACUAGUACUUGAGUUCACUGCAAAAGGUUAAGCCAUAUGACAAUUUCCAAAUGCAUGUGAUUGACAGCUUCAAACAGAAUGGGUUCUCCCACGGGGGCGCCAGACAUUGUAUUUUACUUUGUGCAAUAUGAGGGAACUGCAUGCAAACUCAGGGUGCUCCCUCCUCAGUCUCUGGGGGAUUCAAAUGCAUGAUAUUGUAUGUACCUGGGGAAUUGGUCAAUUCCCUAAAGCUGUUGGAAGGGGGGCACUUAGGGGGAUGUCUUGAGAAGUAUUAUGCAAAGAACCAACUGAGCCAAAAAUAAUAAGUGAAACACAGAACUCUCUUAGCCUUAAGAAAGCUAUAUAUGAAUAAUUAUGUUUACCUCACUGGUGCAUUUAAAAUGGACUUUUGUUCACGGGAGAACCUCGCUGACAUGCACAGUUGCAACCUUUUGUUGAUUGAUGUUAAAUGUCACAGCAGUACUUGCUCAAUAAAGGUCAUAUUGGAAACAAUU